AUGAAAUCUCUUUUCCUUAUCUUGGUCAUUUUCACUAUUACCGUUCACGCUUUUCGAGAUCAAUAUAACUGUUUUUUUGAUAUUUCUGAUGAAGACGACCUUACGUGCGAAAAGCUUUUCGGUGUAGAUUCUUGCAGCGAUUGUCAAAAAUUAAUCUUCAAAGAUUUUAAAGAAGAAAAUGAUUGUUCAACAACUUUUAAUUUUAUUAAAGAAGUUACAAAAGAAGUUAAAGAAUCUGGCAAAAGCAAAGAAGAGAUUGACCCUUAUGAUCUUACCUAUUUCAAGAAAGGAUUAGAGAAUUAUUGUGAUCAACCAUUCAAUUGUGAUCCUCAUACCGUCAAAAAAUAUUGGACAGAAAUUGAAGAUGUUUGUUCUAAAGAAUUGAGUGAGAAAGUAGAUUGGAGCAGUGAUCCUACGAAAAUUGAUGUAACAGAGCUUCUGGUUUAUUCCACAUUAUUAAAUUAUUAUUUUGGAAUCCCGGCAAACCAUGCUCUUUGUUAUAAACCUUCAAAUUCUGACGAUUUUUGCGUGGUUGGAAUUACCGAGAAUCUCAUGGAGUAUGCCAAGGAGGUUACCGAUAGUGAUCCAAAACCUAAAUUCACCAUUGAUUUCAAAUAUAUUAUCAAGAGCGAUGGUUCUAAAGUACCCGUCCCUAAGAAAGUCUUUUGUGAUGAAAAAUGUUUCGAAUCGAUGGCUAAAAUAUAUAAAUCUUGGAUAAAAAAGUAUAAAUUAGAUUCUGAAGUAUUCGAAAAUAUUUACGGUUCUGAAGAAGGAUUUAAUGAUUAUCUUGAUUGUAAAACUGAAGAUAAACGGGAUGUUUUUAGAAGAACAUCUGAUUCUUAUUUAUCACCUCUUCAUUCAUUGGCAGGACUUUUUUAA